AUGGGGGUGACGGUGGGGACCUCAGACUUCCACACCUUUCUAAAGCUGGCCCUGACCAAGAACCCGCGCAAGAGACCAACAGCGGAAAAACUCCUGCAGCACCCCUUCAUGACUCAGCUGCUGACCCGGACCCAGGUCAUCGAGCUGCUGGACACGGCCAGUAACCCUGACCUCAGCGCAGGGCUCCACAUGGACGACAGUGACCUGGACACGUGCGACGCCUUCCCAGAUAAGAUCAUGUCUCUUGGGAAGCACAUGAGUGUGGCGAGGACUCCGUCCGAAGAUCAGUUCAACCAGGUGAAGUUCUGCCCCCCCCUGAGGAAGGAGACGGAUCCCUACCCUGACCUGGGCUCCUGCGACGACUGGGGUAUCAUGGGAGUCGAGCACAGCACUCCGAGCCUGCUGGAGUGCGUGGAGGAGGCGCUGAUGGAGAGGAGCCUGACUAUCAAGAGAGCGCCAUCUGCUGGGCAGACGUCCGACGAGGAGACGGAGAAAUUCGGCACGGUGAAGAGGGCAGGAGGGGUCAGCCCCUCGUCCACCAGCGCCGCCGCCUCCCAGCCCGCUCCGGGCUCCAGCGCUGACAACGGGGCAGGGGGCGCUGUCGGCGAGGCGAGGGGCGGCGGGGGCAUGAGCAGGAAGGGCCGCUUCACAUCUCAGUACAUUUGUCAGUACGGGGACCAGUGA